AAAUUCUCUUCGUCUCAUUCUCUCCUUAACAACCACUGUCGCUCUUUUUUAAAAACAGUCGUCACUUUCGGUCUUUACUGUCUCUCACUCCGGUCUUUCUUUCUCAACCGAGUCAAUCGCUAUCAUUCUCUUUACUUAGCACUCCCGCUGUACUUCUUAAGCAAAAAACAAUGCUCUUCACCAAGACCGCCAUCCUCUCGGCCAUGGCCACCCUGGCCUCUGCCUACACCCAGCCGGACUACAGCCAGACCCCCUCGGGUAACGCCAUCACCAAGCCCGGUCUCAAGGACCUGGUCACCGCCGGCAAGCCCUACACCAUCGAAUGGAAUCCCAGCACCGAGGGCCCCAUCUCUCUGGUCCUCCUCCGCGGCCCCUCCACCAAUGUCCAGCCCAUCGACACCCUGGCCGAGGCCAUUGACAACUCCGGCCAUUUCGAUUGGACCCCCAGCUCCGAGUUGGAGCCUGACACCACCCACUACGGUCUGAUGAUUGUCGUCGAGGGCUCUGGCCAGUACCAGUACUCUACCCAGUUCGGCCUCAAGAACGAGGAGUACGGCAACUCUACCCCUUCUUCUUCUUCUUCUUCUUCUUCUUCUUCUUCUUCUUCUGCCUCUGCCUCCAGCAGCGCCCCCGCUACUACUGAAACCGCUGUGCCCCAAGUGCUCUGCUGAGGCCUCUGCCACGUCGACCUCUGCUGCUCCGGCUACCACUCUCUCCAGCAUUCCUAUCGUCGGGGGUACUAGCAGCGCCGCUGUCUCGUCC